AUGGCUCCAGUACUCUCCCUCACUCCAGCCGAGAAGCUGUUUCGGCAGUGCUUGCUGGAUUGUCGAGGUCACAUGCAAUCUACUCCUGGAAUGCCAGAUCUCGUCCUUCGGUGGACGGGAGGUUGGGUUCGGGACAAACUGUUGAGCGUUCAGAGUCAUGACAUCGAUGUCGCUCUCAGUACCAUGACGGGAUUACAAUUCGGCCAGGCUAUGCAAGCUUUCAUGAAGGACCACGGUGAAAGGUACGAACAAGAUGCUGUCCAACAAGGUAUAAAUCAUCAAGUCAAAGACAUUCACAAGAUCGCUGCGAACCCGGAGAAGUCAAAGCAUCUCGAGACCAUCACGACAAGAAUGUUUGGGAUCGACGUCGACUUCGUCAACUUGAGGAAAGAAGUGUAUGACGAAGAAAGUCGUAAUCCACAAAUGGAAUUCGGCACCGCUGAAGAAGAUGCAAUGCGCCGGGACGCCACGGUCAACGCUUUAUUCUACAAUCUCGACACCCAGGCUGUCGAAGACUUUACAAAACAAGGUCUUCAGGACAUGAAGAACAAAAUCAUCAGAACACCACUUGCACCAUAUCAGACUUUCAAGGACGACCCGUUGCGAGUUCUCAGAUUAAUCCGGUUCGCGUGCCGCCUCAGCUACGAGAUCGAAGCCGAAGCCCAACAUGCCAUGCAAGACAAAACUAUCCACGAAGCAUUGCGUCUCAAAAUCAGCAGAGAACGUGUAGGCGUCGAAGUCAUGAAGAUCAUGGCCGGACCAGAUCCACUCACCGGUCUCAAAUACAUCAACGACUUCGAUCUAUAUCCGACAGUGUUCGCCGAUCCUGCAGACACCGAAUGUCCCGACGCCAAAAAAGCACUGCUGGCAUACGACGGGCUGCAAAAGAUCCUCGACGAGAAGUCUGCCAUCUGUCUCGGCCUGAAACCAAAACAAGAUCAGGCACUAAGUUGGUUCCUGGCCGCUUACGUACCCUGGUCGGCAUCCUCAGCCAAGGCAUACAAUGCCGCAUGGGAGGGCAUCAAAGCUACGAAUAGCAUGAGAAAGGUCCUCAAAGAGGCCAUCGAUUGUCGACCUGACAUUGUCAGAGCAGUUGACCUUGUGGUGGACGGCAAAGCUACCCGAGCAGACGUUGGCAUGGUCUUGCGGCAAAGCAGGGACUCGUGGAGAUCGCACGUGCUCUACUCACUCUUGUGCGACAUUGCCGAGGGUGAUUUCACAGAUGCUACGGAUCGAUAUCAAACAUUCAUCACGUUCGUCCAUGAACAGCAGCUGGAGGACGCUCAUACUAUGGCGCCACUCCUGAAGGGCGACAAGAUCAAAAAUGCACUAGGCGAAUCUAAAGGUGGACCAUGGCUGAAGAAGGCUGUAGAUCUCCUUGCCGAGUGGCAAUUCGAUCACCCUGAUGCUACGAAGGAAGAGGCCAUUGAAAUGCUUUCUGGCAGAAAGGCUGAAAUUGGUCUUGGUUGA